GCCGGGGGGCUCCGGCUCACGUCCUCCUCGUUCACCUUCCUCGGGGCACACUGUGCCCUUGUCACCUCUGGUCACCACUGCUAACUGUGCGUGACCCGUGGCGGUUUACAGGGAAAUGGAACCAGUUCGUUCCUGCUUUUCGUGCAUUCCUUCAUUUGCUCCCCAGACACCUGUGCGCACCCUUGUCACCACUCUGCAGCGUCUCCGCGGGAGAGAACUAGACUCAGAGUCGGAGAGGGGAAAUGACCCAGCGGCCUCACUGCUGUCGGAAUGGGGAGGGCUGUGCCUUAGGCACAGGUGAGACUUCAGGGGAAAAGCCAGAGGGAAACGCUGCGAACCUCCGUCUGCGCUAACACUGGCACAAGGGGAGCGAGGCCUGAGUCUCCAGGCCUGGCUCUGCCCCUAAACUGACUGGGUAGCUUCAGGCGAGUCAGGGAGCCUCUCUGGGCCUCAGUUUCUCCAUCUGACAAAUGGGCGAAUGCACUCCAGCCUGCUGACCUCGCAGGUUUGAUGGGAGAACAAAGGAGAUACAGUGAUAGAGUGAGUGACUUUGCCAAGCCACGUGUGGAAGGGACUGUUGUUAUGGUUAUUGCCGAAGUCUGUGACAACCGUGGGUUGGGUCUGCUGUUCCCCAGAAUCACUUUUUCAAAACUGUCCAUAUAUUUCCUUUUAUUGCGGUAUAAUUUUCAUGGAACGAAGUAUGAAGUGCACAGGUCCUGAGUAUUCCGAUUCUGCCCCCUGGAGUGACGGUGACUUUUUGCCCCUAUCUCUACUUCUGUCCUCUUAUUGCCCCUCAUGUGGCCUCCAGGAGGCAGGCAGGCCGAGAGCUACCAUUCCCACUGCACAGAGGCAAGCUGAGGCUCAGAGAGGUUAAGCCAUCAGCUCCGGGUCACACAGCAAGCAGCGUGCCUGAGAGCACAGGCCUGGGGCCCUAUCCUGGUAAUAACACCUCUUAGCUGUGUGACUUUAGACAAGUUACUUCGGCUCUCUGUUCUUUGGUUCCUCAUCUGGGAAAUGAGGCUACUAAUAGUAGCUGCCUCACAGGCUGUCCUAAGGGUCAACUGAGACACUUCACAUAACUCCUCUGCUGCCCACAGCCAGCCGAGGAGGUAGGCACUGUUAUCAGCCCUAGUUUCCGCACGAGGUAUCGGCGGCACAGAGAGGUGAAGUCACUUGUCCAUGGUCACCCAGGCAGUUGCCGUGUAGCAAACCCAGGGAACCUGGCUCCCAAGUCUGCGCUGGUAACGACUUUCUCUACCGCCUUGUGCAUACUAAGAGUGAGUGCAUGUUUUAGCCACAAUUAUGAUCUUGAAAGAUCCUGCCGGGCAGAGAGUUGGCGAGAGGAAGGGCAUGCUGGGCAGACAGCCCAGCACGUGCAAAGGCCCAGGGCCCUCUGGGGAGAAUCCAGGGGCAGCUGGAGAGCAGGGUGUCCGAGCAGAGGCAGGGACGGCGGUGAGGCUGGAGAAGGGGAAGCGGUUAAGGAAACUGCGGCUGGAAUUGCAGGUGGGGGAGGGAGUUGGGUGAGGCUUGGAGGGGCAGGGUGGAGCUGGGGCAUGAGGCCAUUGGACACAGGUAGCCCUGGCCUGGGGUAGAGCUUCGAGUCAGUGUGGGCUCCAGCCCCUGGAGGAGCCACCUCCACCCACCUGAGAUUUCCCGAAUUCCAGCUGUGGCUCCGGUUGCUUCUGCGGGCAAAGGAGGCCUUGUGGUCGGAGGGGCCUCCGGAGCCCAGGCCAGGCACUCCCCUCUCUCGGCACACACACCUCCAUUCAGCCCUGGCCCCGCCCCCCCACGUCAGUGGGGGCCGCCUGGCCAGGAGGCUGGGCGGGCAUCGGGGUUGAUAAGACCUGGACCCCCGGCCCCACAACUGUGCCUGCUGCUGCCUGCGCUGCCAGAGCCAUGCGGGUCCCCUCUGGCACUAGCCUCGUGCUCGGCAGCCUGCUGCUGCUGCUGCUCCAGGCCCCGCGAAGUCUCGGCCUCACCCCACAGUCCAGAGGGCACCUGUGCCGGACGCGGCCCACGGACCUGGUGUUUGUUGUGGACAGCUCCCGCAGCGUGCGGCCUGUAGAAUUUGAGAAGGUGAAGGUGUUCCUAUCCCAGGUCAUCGAGUCGCUGGACGUGGGGCCCAACGCCACCCGGGUGGGCGUGGUCAACUACGCCAGCGCUGUCAAGCAGGAGUUCCCGCUGCGGGCCUACGGCUCCAAGGCCGCGCUGCUGCAGGCCGUGCGCCGCAUCCAGCCGCUGUCCACCGGCACCAUGACGGGGCUGGCCAUCCAGUUCGCCAUCACCAAGGCCCUCAGCGAUGCCGAGGGCGGUCGCGCCACGUCCCCCCACAUCAGCAAGGUGGUCAUCGUGGUGACGGACGGGAGGCCCCAGGACAGCGUGCGCGACGUGUCUGCGCGGGCCCGGGACCGCGGCGUCGAGCUGUUCGCCAUCGGCGUGGGCCGCGUGGACAAGGCCACGCUGCGGCAGAUCGCCAGCGAGCCGCAGGACGAGCACGUGGACUACGUGGAGAGCUACAGCGUCAUCGAGCGGCUGUCCCGGAAGUUCCAGGAGGCCCUCUGCGUGGUGUCGGACCUGUGUGCCACAGGAGACCACGACUGCGAGCAGGUGUGCAUCAGCUCCCCGGGUUCCUACGCCUGUGCCUGCCGCGAGGGCUUCACCCUCAACAGUGAUGGCAAGACCUGCAAUGUCUGCAGUGGUGGUGGUGGCAGCUUGGCCACUGACCUGGUCUUCCUCAUUGAUGGAUCCAAGAGUGUGCGGCCGGAGAACUUUGAGCUGGUGAAGAAGUUCAUCAACCAGAUUGUGGACACCCUGGACGUGUCAGACAAGCUGGCCCAGGUGGGGCUGGUGCAGUACUCGAGCUCUGUGCGCCAGGAGUUCCCGCUGGGCCGCUUCCACACCAAGAAGGACAUCAAGGCGGCUGUGCGGAAUAUGUCCUACAUGGAGAAGGGCACCAUGACCGGGGCUGCCCUCAAGUACCUCAUUGACAAUUCCUUCACUGUGUCCAGCGGGGCCAGGCCCGGCGCCCAGAAGGUGGGCAUUGUCUUCACUGAUGGCCGGAGCCAGGACUACAUUAACGAUGCUGCCAGGAAGGCCAAGGACCUCGGCUUUAAGAUGUUUGCUGUGGGCGUGGGCAACGCCGUGGAGGACGAGCUGAGGGAAAUCGCCUCGGAGCCAGUGGCAGAGCACUACUUCUACACGGCUGACUUCAAGACCAUCAACCAGAUAGGCAAGAAGUUGCAGGAGAAGAUCUGUGUGGAGGAAGACCCGUGCGCCUGCGAGUCCGUGGUGAAAUUCCAGGAGGAAGUGGAGGGGCUGCUGCAGGCCCUGACCAGGAAACUGGAAGCUGUGAGUAAGCGGCUGGCCAUCCUGGAGAACAGGAUCGUCUAAGGCCACCUGUCCCUCCCGUGGCCUCUCCGUCUCUCCACCCCGAGCGCAGGGUCCUGCGUGUUCCCCAAGAGCCCGAGCGUAGUCUAGCUUUGCCAUGUUAGCGAGGGAGGCCAGCCCGGGAGCGGGAGGGAGUGUGUUUGAGUGUGCCUGUUGGCAGCGUGUGCUGGCGUUUGGGAGCACAUGUGUGUGCACGUGCAUGUGUGAGCGUGUGCAAGUAUGUAUGUGUGUGCGCAUGUGCAUAUGUGUGUGCACACACCUGAGGGAAGGUGUGAGCGCGGUAGCUGGAACGUGGGUGCGAGAGUCAGAACGUAGGUGUGAGUGUGAGAGGGACUGCGUUUGCAUGUUUUCUCAUCAAAAGCUUAAUAUAUUCCUAUUUUUUUUAGUUAACCCUUUCUUGACUCCAAGUGCUGUGAAUCUGUUUUCUGAUUUCUCUAUUCCCUGAUGAGAAACAAUUAAAUGUGAUUAACUUAA